UAUUGCUGUAAAAGUACCGCCUAGUCGACCAACACGUUUUACGAGUUAGCUUUGCAUUGGUAUGCUGGAACUAAAAAUGACUUCUGUAGCGUCGUCUCCCCACACGACCAGUUUCUUACUUUGUGCUAGCAUCGUCAAUGGCACCCCAUGGGCCAGAAAAAAAAUCCUUGAUAGAAAUGGGUUGGGCUCCAACUUUUUUUUUUGUUGCAAACGAGGACAGCUUGGGGGAUUCGGCAUGGCCAGGCCGGGAAAGCCUGGUUCCCCCUUCUCCUCCCCAUUGUAUUUUCCCCUUUACGCGAAGUUCUGGGGGAGCCUCGUGGUCAAGUGCAAAACACUCCACGGAGAAGAGCUGGAGUCUCCAGGGGUUGUUGGAGUGGGGCUCACGACUCGUUCAUCCUUUUUCGACCACGUACGAUCACCUUGA